AUGCGAUUGCUUUCAAUUUUGCUGGGAUCAGCUAAAAAGUCUACCGCCUUUACCUGGAUGGGUGUAAAAAAACAAGUUUCUAAACCAAAAGUUAGACGUGCAGUUACGUUUGGUGCUAUGACUACGGGAUUUGGCAUUGCUGGAUACUCACUGGCAGGUGCUGUUCAAAAAUACCACAUCUAUCCAGUAAUAUAUACUGAUGAACAAGUGAAAGAAAUAACUCAUGUUGAAAGUUCAAUUCAGGACCUAAAUCUUGUUCAAGAGUUGCGCCGUGAUCCAGCAUAUCGUGAACUCAGAAUUCCGUUCAAACGUAGCCAGCAUGGUUUUACAAAUAACCUAUUGGGUGGUUACGGAAGAGUUACUGUACCUCCUCUAAUCUUCUAUAAUAAAGAAAAUGCUCAUGUCUUAGCUGUAGCACACAUUGGAAAAGAUGUUGGUCUCCAAGAUGGAUCUAUUCACCCCGGUUUGCUUGCAACAUUUAUGGAUGAAAUCUUAGCUUUAAGUAGCUUCUUGGGUCUUCCCAACAAAAUUGGCGUAACAGCGAAUUUGUCAAUUUCUAGUCCAUCAAAGGCAUACGUAGAUCGAUUUUAUGUUUUACGUUCACAGCUUGAAUGGACAAAAGGACGCAAAGCCCAAGUACACGGUACUGCUUAUAUGCUACCAGAGAAGGAAGGAUCAGAAGACUCGACUUGCGUUGCAGUUGCCAACGGUCUUUUUGUGGAACCUCGAUUUGCCAAGUACCUUAAGCAUGUAAUUCCAUUCCAAUUAUAA